AGUUGUAGGCGCACUCAACUGCAGAAAUGGAGAAGAUCAGCGCUUUGCACUCUGAUAAAGCCGAAGAUGUGGCCACCUCAUCCAGCUUUCGCCAAUUCAAAAUAGAGCAUUUCCAUCUCGACCUAAAUGUGGAUUUCGAUAAGAAAACCAUAUCAGGGACGGAGACCCUGAAGCUGAAGUGCAUUGAAGACGAGCAAAGCGAGGUGCGUUUGGACAUCCACCCCUCUCUGAGCUUCCAAGGGGUAACCUUCUCCCCGGGCUGGGAUGAUACCGAUUGGAAGAAAGUUGAAUUCCUUACCAGGGAUUUCACAAGAUACGGUACCACUCUGGUCGUCAAAUUUCCCUCUCCCUGGAAAACUGAUGACCGACUCCAGCUAGCCAUCAAGUACACCGCCACCGAUGGCCCAGGGGUGUGCUGGUUGUCCCCAGAGCAGACGGCUGGGAAGCUCCAUCCCUACGUCUUCACGCAGGGCCAGGCGGUGCUCAACCGAUCCCUGUUCCCCUGCUUCGACACGCCAGCCGUCAAGAGCACCUACUCGGCCGCCGUCAAGGUGCCUGAGGGCUUCACGGCGGUGAUGAGCGCUACGGAGUGGGAGCACAGGAAGUCUGAUAACAGUUUCCUGUUCCGCAUGAAGCAGCCAAUCCCCUCCUACCUUGUGGCCCUCGCCGUGGGGGACCUGCAGUCGGCAGAGGUGGGGCCCAGGACGCGUGUGUGGGCUGAGCCGUGUCUGCUGGAGGCCGCCAGGGUGGAGUAUGACGGUGUGAUCGAGGAGUUUCUGACCGUCGGGGAGAAGCUGUUCGGACCCUACGUGUGGGGAAGGUAUGAUGUCCUCUUCAUGCCCCCCUCGUUCCCGUUCGGCGGGAUGGAGAACCCCUGUUUGACCUUUGUGACCCCGUGCCUCCUGGCGGGCGACCGCUCGCUGGCCGACGUCAUUGUCCAUGAGAUCUGCCACAGCUGGUUUGGUAACCUGGUAACCAACGCCAACUGGGGGGACUUCUGGCUCAACGAGGGAUUCACCAUGUACGCACAGAGGAGGGUGUGCAGGGAGAUCUAUGGUGAGGCCUACACAUGUCUGGAGGCUGCCACUGGUCGAGCUCUUCUGAAGCAGCACAUGGACAACACAGGACAGGACCACCCACUCAACAAGCUACGCGUAGAGAUCAAACCAGGUGUAGACCCAGAUGACACCUACAAUGAGACUCCAUAUGAGAAGGGCUUCUGCUUCGUAUCCUACCUGGCACACCUGGUGGGGGACCAGAGCCGAUUCGACGCCUUCCUCAAGGCCUAUGUGGACAAGUUUAAGUUCUGCAGUGUGAUGUCGGAGGACACGCUGGAGUUCUAUCUGGAGUUCUUCCCCGAGCUGAGAGAACAGGGAGUGCACCAAAUCAAAGGUCGUGAGUUCAAGAGCUGGUUGAAUGUCCCUGGCUGGCCACCAUACCUGCCCGACCUAUCAGCAGGGGACAGCCUGAUGGGCCCGGCCAGUGAGCUCGCUGCUCUGUGGUGCCAGGAAGCUCCUAAUAUGGUCGCCAUCCGGGCCACAGACAUUCAGAAGUGGAAGACCUACCAGGCACUCUACUUCCUCGACCAGAUCCUCAACAAGUCACCACUGCCAGCUGGUAACAUGCAGCUGUUAUGGGAUGAGUACCCCCACAUAGUGAAGUCCAAUAAUGCAGAGAUGCGUCUGCGCUGGACCCAGAUCAUUGCUAAGAACCAGCACAGACCCGGAUACACACACAUCCGCUCCUUCCUCACCUCCCAGGGUAAGCAGAAGUACACGCUGCCAGUGUAUCGUGCCCUGUGGGGCUGUGGCGAGGAGACGAGAGCUCUGGCUACCGAGAUCUUCUCAAGCUCCGGCCAUCAGCUCCAUGUGAACGUGCGGAACUACGUCAAGAAGAUCAUCACCUGAGAAACCCUGCUGAGAGAGUGGACCAAAGCGUGCGUGUGUGUGUGUGUGUGUCAGAGAGAACUACGUCAAGAAGAUCCUCACCUGAGAUCCUCACAGGAGACCAUGGAACACGCUCAGUAGGAGCGGGAGAGAGCGAUAGAAAGCGAUAGAGAAUGUGUAUGUGUGUGUCAGAGAGAGAGAUAUAGUGUGUGUAAGUGUGUGUGUGUGUGUGUGUAUGUGUAAGAGAGAGAGAGGGAGAGAGGGAGUAUGUGUGUGAGAGAGAGGGUGUGGGACAUGGCACUUGAAUUUAGGCAACCUUAAUAUAUGCACAAGGAGAUCAAAUGAGCCCCAUCAAUUACAAUGAAAUUCCUAACUUCUCCUAUGCCCUACUUUUUGGUUCUACUACGACGCGUGCGUGCGUGCGUGUGUGUGUGUGUGUUGCACCCCACUCAGUUAAAGAAGGGAAUCUCAGUUCUUCCUGUAGCAGUGCUGGUCCAUGAUGCUGCCUGUUCAUGAUACAAGCCUUUUGUAAUGACCAGGAUUGGAAUAAAUGUUUUUUAAAACACUGUUAUAAACUGUC